CAAUUUUAUACUGCGUCCGUUAAGGAAUAUCCUAACUCAUACGAGGUCGACUCUUUCAAAGUGUGUACCGGUAUCAAUUCUUUUAGUAUGCAUGGCAUUCCUGCUGAAGGAAAAAGGCAACCUCGAGCUAUGAGACCUGACUGCCCGGGCGACACAAGCCACUUCUGAGGACCUUUCCUCUUGUAUUUGGCAUCGCUCACCAUCUGACCUUACCGUCUCUUCGGAACUAUGCAGAACGAUGUCGUUACACCUCGGUUCUUGUUGGGUAGUGUCGACCAGUUUCCGGUAUGCCGUCACUUUCGGGGAAGAUACGCGCUCGGACUUCUGUUUAUUGUUCUGGUAUCCAUUGUUUGGACGGUAUCUUCUGUAUUGACGCAAUUCCUCUAUAGCGUUGAAUCAUUCGAUUCCCCCUUUCUCAUGACCUACCUGGGAGUUUGCUUGUUUUCGCUUCUAUUACCGCUCAAGAUGCUUACUGACCACGCCGGUUACACUGAAGACCCUUGCUGCUUAGCCACAUUCGACAAGUUUGACGAUGAAGAGGUACACCCCACAAGAUACACAGAGUUUGGCGAUGGCUCUUCCAUCCGCACAAGUGGUUAUCAGGCUUCUACAAUGAAUGAGCAGUAUUGGAGUCGUACAAAACAUAUCGAAGCUGCUAUGCACAUAGCUCCUGUACUUUUCAUUGCUAACUGGGCUUUCAAUGCCGCACUGGGUUCCACUUCGGUUGCUUCUAGCACUGUAUUGGUGUCAACCUCCAAUGUGUUUGUCUUUGUCCUUGCAGUCUUGCUCAAAGACGAACAGUUUAGUAUCUGGAAGCUUGCUGGAGUCAUCCUGGGCGUGAUGGGGACGUGCCUGACAACUCUCCAUGACUUUCAGAACCACGAUCCGGAUGAUUUGGCCGAUGAUUGCGCCGUGGACGGGUGUGACCACGUUGUUUGGGGUGAUACUUUGUCGCUGGUGGCUGCAGUGGCCUAUGGGGCCUAUGCAGUUCAAGUGCGCGUCCUGUGUCCAGAGAACGAGGACCUGUACAGUAUGCAACUUCUCUUGGGGUAUAUUGGUCUCAUCACCUUGUUGCCGCUGCUUCCCUUUGCCGUGUACUUUUGGCUCCAAGUAGAUAUGACAACCUCUGUCUUGAGUCUAAUAGUUGUGAAAGAUUGUGGCUUAUUGAUAUGGACAGGAGUGUUUGACUUUGUAAUCAUAGUAUUAACAAAUGCUACCACUGCGACUGUUGGUUUAGGAUUGUCAAUCCCCUUGGCUUUUUUCGCUGACUGGGUAGUCGGUAAGGCAAAUAUCGCUUCACCGCUUUCUCUCAUUGGAGCUGGUGCAGUCACGAUCGGAUUUCUAAUGGUAAAUUUAGGCAACAAAAUGGAGAUGCAAGAAAUAGAAGUACCUGCGCCCACCACGAAUGAUAUUGAUGUUUCACAGAUAAGGCCAAAAGAGCUGCCAUCCAUAGACUAG